AAGCAUCACAAAAACAAAAGACAAAGAAGAAAAUGUCUUGGCAGACUUACGUCGAUGAACAUUUGAUGUGUGAUAUUGAUGGCACAGGCCACCAUCUCACUGCAGCUGCCAUCAUCGGUCACGAUGGCUCUGUUUGGGCUCAAAGCACUUCUUUUCCUCAGAUUAAAUCUCAAGAGGUCUCUGAUAUCAUGAAAGAUUUCGACGAACCAGGUCAUCUUGCUCCUACAGGUUUGCACCUUGCUGGAACCAAAUACAUGGUAAUUCAAGGAGAGCCUGGAGCUGUUAUCCGUGGAAAGAAGGGAUCUGGAGGAAUCACCAUAAAGAAAACUGGUCAAGCUUUAGUUUUUGGUAUUUAUGAGGAACCUGUGACUCCAGGACAAUGCAACAUGGUUGUCGAGAGGCUGGGAGAUUAUCUUGUUGAUCAAGGUCUCUAGAUAUACAUCGUCUUUUGGAACAUUUUUAUUUCUCGGAUUCUAUACUUUAUUAUUAUUUUUUUAUAUAUAUUUUGAGUUGUAUCUAUUACAUAUCAACCCUAAAUCGGGAGUUGUUGCCGACAAUAACCAUAUGAGAAUUGAACAAUUGUUUGUUGUUUGAAUUUUUAAUUUUUAAGUUAUGAUUCCCUUCUAUUCCUCUUCUCUCCUGUCUCUUCUAAAUUCUCAAACUUUUUUUUGCGUAUAUUUCAAAUCAUGUUUGUCUUUGAGUAUUAGAGCAUCAAUGAGCAACACAUAAAUAUAAAUU